UUUUGACCCCAUCCAACGAAAAUCCCAAUGAGGACCAGAAUACGAUCGCUAUUCUCGAAGGCUUCCGCUCAGCCAUGGUUUUCAGACCCCACCUACCAUCAGAUCGUACAGACAAAGCCAGCAGCUCCUCUGCCGAACAGCCUGCCUCCUAUACCAGAACACCUGCCUCGGCCAUGGUAUUUUAAGCACGGAAGGAGUUCACCAUGGGAGGCUAAAAUUCCAUCAACGAACCAGGAUCCAUUAUUGGAAAGUGGUGUAAAACAUGCAAGCCGAUUGGCGGCGCACUGCUUGAAAGAAGCGAGCAAGCUCGUGAAGCCGGGGGUGACAACUGAAGAAAUCGAUGAUUUCGCAAGGGAAUGGGCGUUUGCGAAUGGCGCUGUUCCAUCAUCACUGAACUAUUCAGGCUUCCCGAAGUCAAUUUGUACUUCAGUCAACAAUGUCGUUGCCCACGGCAUCCCAGACAAGACGAUACUCAAGGAGGGAUCCAUCAUCAAUCUCGACAUCGCCCUCUUCGCCGCCCACCCCUCCGACCCAAGUGCUUGCUUUCAUGGCGACACCUCCGCAACCUUCCCCGUCGGCCAGAUCUCCCCACUCUCUUCCCGCCUCCUCGAAGCCACCAAGCUCGCCCUCGACGAAGGUAUCAAGGCCUGUGGCCCUGGAAAUCGCUAUGAAGAGAUUGGUCUAGCCGUCGAAAGAGUCGCUGAGGAACACGGCUACGAAAUCAACACCGCACUAUGCGGGCACGGAAUCGGUCGAGAAUACCACCAAAAUCCUCUGAUUAUCCACUGUGGUAGGCCACCCUUUGCUCUCCUUUGCCGUAACAUCAUAAUAAAGUUACUUUCAGCGAACGAUAAGAGUAAUGAGAUCAUGCUUCCUGGUACGAUAUUUACUGUUGAGCCGGUGCUGUGUGAGGGCGGUGCGGAGUUCUCGGUAUGGAAUGAUAAUUGGACGAUCGUGACGGACGAUGGGGGACGGAGUGCACAGUUUGAGCACACGAUUAUGAUCACGGAGGAUGGAGUUGAGAUCUUGACGGAUCUGGGAAAAGAAGAACAGCGAGAGGUCAUGUACGUCCAAUAAACGAACACAACUCCUAAAACAUCAGACUACCUCU